AUGGAACAAAAUGUCGCCGAAGAUGCUAAGCUCGCGGAAUUCGGCUAUGAGCAAGAAUUCAAACGGUCUUUCAGCCUGCUGGGCAUGAUUGGCUUCUCUUUCAGCAUCGUCACCAGCUGGAGUGCAUUGGCUGGUGUAUUGAUUGUGGGAAUUGGAGCUGGCGGGCCUCCUGUCCUUGUGUACUCUUGGAUUGGUGUCUGCAUCCUUACGCUUGCUGUGGCCCACUCACUGGCGGAAAUGUGUUCUGCCUAUCCCGUCAAUGGUGGUCAAUACUCCUGGGUUGCUCUCCUUGCUCCUCCCAAGAUCGCUAGAGGCUUGUCCUGGGUCACAGGCUGGUUCAUGAUUACAGGCAUCGUAGCUAUGGGCGCUACCAAUAACUUUAUCACUGCAAACUUCCUCCUCGGUAUGGCCAAUCUGUCCAAUCCGGACUACGUGAUCCAGAGAUGGCAUACCACUUUGGUCUCAUACCUGGUGGGAAUUAUAGCAGCAUGCGUCAAUAUUUUCUUUCCUCGCUCGCUGAACAAGAUAUCUACUGCUGCUCUUUGUUGGAACUUACUGAGCUUCUUUGUGAUCAUUAUCACCGUCCUGACAACCAAUGAUCACAAGCAAUCUUCAAGCUUCGUAUGGAAGGAUUUUCAGAACUUCACAGGAUUCGGACCUGCCAUGGCUUCUAUUGUUGGUCUCCUACAGGCCUUCUUUGGCAUGUGUUGUUACGAUGCACCUGCUCAUAUGACAGAGGAAAUGAAAAAUGCUUCCAAGGAAGCUCCACGGGCCAUCAUCAUGUCGGUAUGGUUCGGAGCAAUCACUGGCUUCGUGUUCCUUGUCAGCAUUUUCUAUUGCAUUGGAGAUAUUGAAACGACAGCUACGAGUCCAACCGGUGUACCACUCAUUCAGAUCUUCAUUGACAGCACAGGUUCGGUACGUGGUUCAUGUACUCUAACGGCUAUGAUUACGAUUAUUUGUAUCCUUGCCGCCAAUGGUCUGACGGCGGAGGGCUCACGAUCUCUGUUCGCGUUUGCAAGGGAUCAUGGACUGCCAUUUUCCAAAUUCUUCGCCAAGGUCAACCCACAACGACGCGUCCCAACAAAUUCGGUACUGCUGUGCUUGAGCGUGCAACUGGCCAUGCAGUCCAUCUAUUUCGGGUCCUAUACGGGAUUUGCAACCGUCAUUGCGAUUGCGACCCAGGGUUUCUACGUCUCCUACGCGAUUCCUUUGUUUGCCCGUCUCCUGGCUCGGUUUACUGGCCAUGCAAAAGUGCUUCCUGGACCAUAUUCUUUGGGCCGAUAUGGGGUCUGGUUGAACUUGGUCGGUUUCCUUUUCCUUGCGUUUGCCAGCAUCACGUUCAACUUCCCCAGCAUUAGCCCAGUAGAGAAGGACAAUAUGAACUACACCUCUGCCGCGGUCGGUGUUAUUGGCCUGGUCAGCCUGCUCACCUGGAUCUUUGAUGGCCGCAAGAACUUUACGGGUCCAGCAACUGGCACCAUGGUAAAUGAUAUAGAAGCAGAGGAGAGGAACGAUCGACAAGGUGCUGCUACGAAAGAGGGUACUAACAGAGAAAGUAUCAGUGAUGUAGCUGUCGAGAGCGAGAAGGAAUUUUAG